AUGAAGCAAGGAGUGUUGACCCUUGGUCGUGUUCGUCUUUUGCUUCACAGAGGAACUCCUUGCUUCCGUGGAUAUGGAAGGCGCAAUGGAGAGCGUAGGAGAAAGUCUGUUCGCGGGUGCAUUGUCAGCCCUGAUCUCUCAGUUUUGAACUUGUAUGUUCCUUACUUGGCAUACAGUGCCCUUGUAUACUUCCAUGGGUUAGGCCAUCGGAAGCCGCCGUCACAUGCCUCGCCAUUGCCGUCAAUUUCGCCGGGAGAAGAUGCGUGGAGAGAAGAGCCGUGGGUCAGGCCAGAGAUCGCUGAGAGGGAGAGAGCUGCCAUCGCGUCUGCUGCAGGCUUUCCAUCAUCGCCAUCAUGGAGCCGCGAGGAUGCCGUCACCGAUGCGAGCUCGCGGAGGGAGAGAGGGGCUUUCUUUCAAGAGUGGACACAACAAGUGCAAGAUAUAUUGAACACAAAAAAGUUUGGGGAUAUUGCAUUUGGAGACAAGGACUUAAAAAAUGCAAUUGAGUAUUAUUCUAAGCUAGUUUUGACCUCUUAG